ACCACCAAAUGCCUAGCGCCCACUCUGCAGCUUUCUCUUUCCUUCAUUUCGCGUUCUUUUAAGCUCUCAAUUCAAUGGACACCCUCAACGUGCAAGACACUCCACUGGUCACCCUGCUGGACAGUCUGCUCACCGAAUACAACGCCACUCUGCGCUCGCUACUCGGCCAGUUCGACACCGAAGCAAACAAAAACACUGACCCGCACGCCUCGCAGCGUCGCACGCAAACCACCCAGCGCCUGGCCGCCCUGGACCGCGACCUGCAGAAAAUCUACACCGAGAUCUCCGCCCAUCCAGGCGCGCCAGGAGGAGAUCCGCCAGACCCAGCUCAAGUCCAUUGCCAGCCGCUCGGCCAAACUGCACUUUAUCGAAAGCAUCCUGGACUCUAAGCGCCAGCUCGAGACCACCGCCUUUGAGGCCCGCAAGACCCUCGAUAGGGCCAAGCUCGCCGCUGACACAAUGCCCGAGGUCACGGAGCUGAUUGCGUAUGCGAAGAGGAUCAGUCCGUAUACAAAGGCCCCGCCCAACUACGACCCAAAGAACUCGGUGGUGCCUGCAGAGCCGCCAUAUCCAGUCGAGGUCUCCAUGCGCAUGGGUGUGCUGAACCAGUACCGCGCGCGUCGUGCCAUGAAAGCCGAGCGCGAGAACCUUGUCGAAGAAGACAUGCACGAGUUUGCUGACGCUCCAGACGAGUUCCAGUUCGGCGACCUCGAGGCCAGCGACCUGCUGCUCGGCCUGGACCUCAACCCGGAUCUCGAAUAA